GGUAGAGGCGAUGAGACGGCGCGUCGCUGCGGCUGUCGCUGAGGUCGGGCGGACUCGCUGGGGAGCAGCACUACGCGGCGGGGGCAAUUAAUUAAAAAAAGUAAAGAUCGAGGGGAGAGGAGGAAAGGGGACACCUCCGGCCCGCGAGUGAUGCUGCGCCUGGAGCGGGGAUGGAGUUGCCGUGGGAUCUCGGGCUUCUCUCGGGCCUGCUGGAGAGCGUGGUGUCUUUCUGCAGCGAGUUCGCCCACGACUGGGGCGCCAACGACAUGAGAGUCACAAUCUUCAAGGUCCUGCUCGGCUGGUUGGUCUGCAGCUUGGUGGCCAUUCACAUGGCAUGGAAGUAUUACGGGGCGACCGUCAACGACAUGUACUACAGGCAAGGGAGUGGAGGUCAGAAUGGUGGCACUCCGGAUGGAUCCUCAAACUUUACUCGUUGGGAAAAUGCCGGUGGCGAGUCAUUUAAAAGUCACAGAGAGAAAGAGUCCCAGCAGCACUACUCCAAGGACAUUUUGUGAUAUAUCUUCACCCCUUUAUUUCUGUUGUUGCUUGCGGAGCAUAACACGAGAGAAAGAGGUUUCAGGCUUUUGCCAAAGCUUCUGUUGAACUGGCUAGUUGAAAAGGCAGUUGUUCAUGGAGACACAUUUCUUCCUAGUUUUUUGUGUGUAUUCUGCGGAGGGAAGUACACGACCAGUAUAACGGAACCAAGAUCAGUUCAAUACUGCGUAUAAAGUCCCACCAUUUUGUGCGUGUGUCUCUGAAGGGAUGGGUGUACUGGGCAUCUUCCCAAUCCACCAUCAUCCCCUCAAACCUGAUGCAGUAGGUGCAGUUAAUACUGUCAAAAUGGCUGAAAUAAAAGUGUAGACUGUAACCUUUUUACCAUUGCAAUGUUUUGUUGUCUUGUAUUUUGCAGGAAUGUAGUAUGCUUUUUGUUGCACAGUGUGUUUUUGUUCCGUACCAUUGUUACCCAUUAUAUUGUAGUGAAAAUGUUGGAACUCUGGAUUUGAAAUGCAGUAUGCCAAAUAUUAGUCCUGAAAUAACAGAUGCUAGGCUCAUAAUACUGAAGUGAUGUAUAUUCUACUGAAACACCCUUUUUCUAAAAUAAAUGUUUUGUAUGUAAACAAUACAUUUUGUAAAUCACUGUGAUCCAGAAAUUGGAUAACCUUUGUAAACUUGUUCCCCGAAUGUUAAUUAACUUAUAUAUUUAUGUUUGGACAUGUAAAGGUUUCCCUGAUGCUGUAUAUUAGAAAUAAAACUGCUGUGUGUGUGUGUGUGUAUAUAUAUGUACAUUUAGCUUACUUUUUUGGGGGGGAAGACAAUUUGAUUAUGUUUUAAAUAUAUAAAAAACAGUUGCAGAAACACGCUGUUGUUUGUAUUGGUAUUUUCAUUGCUGAAAACCAUCUUUUAAAUACUGAAUCGUAUCCAGUCUACAAAACUACAUUUUGUUGUAAUCGGCUCAAAUAAAUAUUUAAAGAAAAACAAACUGGUAUAAAUAAACUGGAAGAUCAAAUUA